AUGGCCAUCGAUGGUGCUUUUGUUCCUUUGAUGUCAUCUGGGGACCGCAGGUCCUUAGGUGUACCUCAAGACCCCCAUGACAACACACUUCUGUCCUGCCUGUCUGCAGGCUUCAUCUGCCCUCUCGCAGGGGCCAGAGUGAGGCUGCUCUCCCUGAACCCGGUAACUCACCGGGUAGAGGGGGACACGAGGGUAAACACACACCCCUGGGAGCCAGUCAUGGGGCACUGCUUUUAGCUGAGGCGGAAGAUCCUGGCUAUUUUCAAGCCGACUACUAUUCGUGGUUCAUGACCUGCUCACAAGCAUAUUUACAAUAUCAUAUUUCCUAAUGUUGACCUUCAAGUGGGGCUUUCAACUUUAAAACUCGAGUCCACUUCAGUGAGCAGUUAUGGCAAAUGCACUGUCCAUUCUUGAGGCUAGACUGAGUAUUGAUUACAUGGUACAGUGCAAGGUAAAAUCAAACAUGAUUUUUAUGGUACAUUCUGUCUAAGCAUAUUAGGCAUUGAUUAAUUAAUUACAUAGAAUGUAGACACUGUUUUCAGGAGGGCUGUAUGCAUAAUGUUUCUACAACUUAAAGUAACUGUUCAGUGUUUCCAGAUUUCUAUGAAAUAUGACCUAUAAUUAAUUACAAUAUGAGUGGAAUAGUUUUCCUUCCAAAAAAGUGUAAUUAAGUAUGUUUAAAAAGCAGCUUUUAUGUGUUAGAAUGGUGUGGGAGUACCCCAACAACAGAAUGGUGUGGGUGUAUACUGGUCAUUAAAAAUAUUCAGGAGGAUGACAUCAUUCUCUAAGGAAAUAGCAAGCAUUUUUGAAACGGUCUGUUUGAGAUACAAGGUUGAGGUGGGGUUUUUGAAGUGUUUUUUUUCUCUCCAAUCUAUGCUUUGGCCACAUACGAGUAUAGGAUGAGUCAACAACAUUAUUUGGGUAUGUAUUAACAGAAUAUUAACUUUUAAAAGUGAGAUUUUCACUGUACAGUUACUUUAAAUACUCUGAAGUUAAUUUGUGUAUGCUGGUUUUUCUUUUUUGUUCUUUCAGAAGAGAUUUUGUCAACUGCUGAGGAGCUGAAAGACACUCAUUUUGUGUGAAUCCUUGACCUCUCAUCUGGGAGGAGAGAAAGUAGAGGUUCUCAUCACCAAGGUGUAUAGAAUGACAGACAUCGCUUUGGUUAAGAUAUUGGACCACAUUAUGUGUUGUCUUGUCUGACAAGUCUGACACAUUUUAUUGUUAAAUUCUGGAAAUAUUUUUGUAGAUAUUGUUUGUGCCAAUUUGUUCUCCUUUUUUAAACUGGGGGUUUGAGUAUCUGGAGAAAAACUUAAAGGAAAACUCCACCCAAAAAUGAUAUUUUAGUAUUUGUUUCAUUAGUCCAUUGUUGAUAUACAGUGGGGGAAAAAGGUAUUUAGUCAGCCACCAAUUGUGCAAGUUCUCCCACUUAAAAAGAUGAGAGGCCUGUAAUUUUCAUCAUAGGUACACGUCAACUAUGACAGACAAAUUGAGAAAAAGAAAUCCAGAAAAUCACAUUGUAGGAUUUUUAAUGAAUUUAUUUGUAAAUUAUGGUGGAAAAUAAGUCUUUGGGCACCUACAAACAAGCAAGAUUUCUGGCUCUCACAGACCUGUAACUUCUUCUUUAAGAGGCUCCUCUGUCCUCCACUCGUUACCUGUAUUAAUGGCACCUGUUUGAACUUGUUAUCAGUAUAAAAGACACCUGUCCACAACCUCAAACAGUCACACUCCAAACUCCACUAUGGCCAAGACCAAAGAGCUGUCAAAGGACACCAGAAACAAAAUUGUAGACCUGCACCAGGCUGGGAAGACUGAAUCUGCAAUAGGUAAGCAGCUUGGUUUGAAGAAAUCAACUGUGGGAGCAAUUAUUAGGAAAUAGAAGACAUACAAGACCACUGAUAAUCUCCCUCGAUCUGGGGCUCCACGCAAGAUCUCACCCCGUGGGGUCAAAAUGAUCACAAGAACGGUGAGCAAAAAUCCCAGAACCACACGGGGGGACCUAGUGAAUGACCUGCAGAGAGCUGGGACCAAAGUAACAAAGCCUACCAUCAGUAACACACUACGCCGCCAGGGACUCAAAUCCUGCAGUGCCAGACGUGUCCCCCUGCUUAAGCCAGUACAUGUCCAGGCCCAUCUGAAGUUUGCUAGAGUGCAUUUGGAUGAUCCAGAAGAGGAUUGGGAGAAUGUCAUAUGGUCAGAUGAAACCAAAAUAGAACUUUUUGGUAAAAACUCAACUCGUCGUGUUUGGAGGACAAAGAAUGCUGAGUUGCAUCCAAAGAACACCAUACCUACUGUGAAGCAUGGGGGUGGAAACAUCAUGCUUUGGGGCUGUUUUUCUGCAAAGGGACCAGGACGACUGAUCCGUGUAAAGGAAAGAAUGAAUGGGGCCAUUUUUUUCUCAUUUUGUCUGUCAUAGUUGACGUGUACGUAUGAUGAAAAUUACAGGCCUCUCUCAUCUUUUUAAGUGGGAGAACUUGCACAAUUGGUGGCUGACUAAAUAAAAUUUUUCCCCACUGUAGUCCCAAAAUGUUUUGUAUUUGUAUUUAUUAAGGACCCCCAUUAGCUGCUGCCAAGGCCGCAGCUACUCUUCCUGGGGUCCAGCAACAUUAAGACAGUUAUAUACAGUUUAAAAUAUUACAUGACAUUACAUUUCAUAACACUUUACCCAAUACAUUUAGUGUGUUCCCUCAGGCCACUACUCCACUAUUACCUAUACAGUGCAUUCGGAAAGUAUUCAGACCCCUUGACUUUUUCCACAUUUUGUUACGUUACAGCCUUAUUUUAAAAUUGAUUAAAAUAUUUAUUUUUCCUCAAUCUACACACAAUACCCCAUAAUGACAAAGUGAAAACAUGUUUUUAUAAUUUUUUGCUUAUUUAUUAAAAAUAAAAAACAAACACCUUAUUUACAUAAGUAUUCAGACCCUUUGCUAUGAGACUCAAAAUUGAGCUCAGGUGUAUCCUGUUUCCAUUUAUCAUCCUUGAGAUGUUUCUAUAACUUGAUUGGAGUCCACCUGUGGUAAAUUCAAUUGAUUGGACAUGAUUUGGAAAGGCACACACCUGUCUAUAUAAGGUCCCACAGUUGACAGUGUAUGUCAGAGCAAAAACCUAGCCAUGAGGUCGAAGGAAUUGUCCGUAGAGCUCCGAGACAGGAUUGUGUCGAGGUACAGAUCUGGGGAAGGGUACCAAAAAUGUCUGCAGCAUUGAAGGUCCCCAAGGAAACAGUGGCCUCAAUCAUUCAUAAAUGGAAGAAGUUUGGAACCACCAAGACUCUUCCUAGAGCUGGCCACCCAGCCAAACUGAGCAAUCGGGGGAGAAGGGGCCUUGGUCAGGGAGGUGACCAAGAACCCGAUGGUCACUCUAACAGAGCUCCAGAGUUCCUCUGUGGAGAUGGGAGAACCUUCCAGAAGGAAAACCAUCUCUGCAGCACUCCACCAAUCAAGCCUUUAUGGUAGAGUAGCCAGAUGGAAGCUACUCCUCAGUAAAAGGCACAUGACAGCCCGUUUGGAGUUUGCCAAAAGGCAACUAAAGGUCUCUCAUACCAUGAGAAACAAGAUUCUCUGGUCUGAUGAAACCAAGAUUGAACUCUUUGAUCUGAAUGCCAAGCGUCACAUCUGGCGGAAACCAGGCACUGCUCAUCACCUGGCCAAUACCAUCCCUACGGUGAAGCAUGGAGGCAGCAUCAUGCUGUGGGGAUGUUUUUCAGCGGCAGGGACUGGAAGACUAGUCAGGAUCGAGGGAAAGAUGAACAGAGCAAAGUACAGAGAGAUCCUUGAUGAAAAACUGCUUCAGGGCGCUCAUGACGUCAGACUGGGGCGAAGGUUCACCUUCCAACAGGACAACGACCCUAAGCACACAGCCAAGACAACACAGGAGUGGCUUCGGGACAAGUCUCUGAAUGUCCUUGAGUGGCCCAGCCAGAGCCCGGACUUGAACCCGAUCGAACACCUCUGGAGACCUGAAAAUAGCUGUGCAGCGACGCUCCCCAUCCAACCUGACAGAGCUUGAGAGGAUCUGCAGAGAAAAAUGGGAGAAACUCCAAUUUAAUAUAUUUUAGAACAAGGCUGUAACGUAACAAAAUGUGGAAAAAAAGUCAAGGGGUCUGAAUACCUUCCGAAUGCACUGUAUACAAUACAACGUCCAUGUGGACGUGUGUGUAGAGUGUGUGUCUUAUCAUGUGUCUGUGCCUGUGUGUGUCUAUUCACAGUCAGCUGUUCCAUAAGGUGUAUUUUUAUAUAUAUAUUUUUUAUCUGAUUCUACUGCUUGCAUCAGUUUCCUGAUGUGGAAUAGAGUUCCAUGUAGCCAUGGCUCUGUGUAGUACUGUGCGCCUCCCAUAGUCUGUUCUUGACAUGGAUUGUGAAGAGACCUUUGGUGGCAUGGCUUGCGGGGUAUGCAUGGGUGUCGGAGCUGUGUGCUAGUAGUUUAAACAGACACCUCGGUGCAUUCAGCAUGUCAACACUUACAAAAACAAGUAGUGAUUAAGUCAAUCUCUCCUCUACUUUGAGCCAUGUUAGCUCUCUGUGUACAUUUAAGGGCCAGCCGUGCUGCCCUGUUCUGAGCCAAUUCAAAUUUUACGAGGUCCCUCUUUGUGGCACCUGACCACACGACUGAACAGUAGUCCAGGUGCGACAAAACUAGGGCCUGUAGGACCUGCCUUGUUGAUAGUGUUGUUAAAAAGGCAGAGCAACGCUUUAUUAUGGACAGACUUCUCCCCAUCUUAGCUACUGUUGUAUUAACAUGUUUUGACCAUGACAGUUUACAAUCCAUGGUCACCUCAAGCAGUUUAGUCACCUCAACUUGCUAAAUUUCCACAUUAUUUAUUACAAGAUUUAGUUGAGGUUUAGGGUGUAGUGAAUGAUUUGUCCCAAAUACAAUGCUCUUAGUAUUUGAAAUAUUUAGUACUAAUUUAUUAUUUGCCACCCAUUCUGAAAUCUAACUGCAGCUCUUUGUUAAGUGUUGCAGUGAUUUCACUCGCUGUAGUAACUGACGCGUAUAGUGUUGAGUCAUCCGCAUUCAUAGCUACACUGGCUUUCCUCAAGGCCAGUGGCAUGUCAUUAGUAAAGAUUGAAAAAGGUAAGGGGCCUAGACAGCUGCCCAGGGGAAUUCCUGAUUCUACCUGGAUUAUGUUGAAGAGGCUUCCAUUAAAGAACACCCUCUGUGUUCUGUUAGACAGGUAACUCUUUAUCCACAAUAUAGCUGGGGGUGUAAAACCAUAACACAUGUUUUUCCAUCAGCAGAUAAUGUCAAAAGCCACACUGAAGUCUAACAAAACAGCUCCCACAAUCUUUUUAUCAUCAAUUUCUCUCAGCCAAUCAUCAGUCAUUUGUGUAAGUGCUUGUUGUAUGUCCUUCCCUAUAAGCGUGCUGAAAGUCUGUUGUCAAUUUGUUUACAGAAAAAAAAUUGCAUUGUAUCUGAUCAGACAAUUUUUUCCCCAAAAGUUUACUAAGGGUUGGUAACAGGCUGAUUGGUCGGCUAUUUGAGCCAGUAAAGGGGGCUUUUCUAUUAUUGGGUAGUGAAUUACUUUUGCUUCCCUCCAGGCCUGAGGACACACAUUUUCUAGUAGGCUUAGAUUGAAGAUAUGGCAAAUAGGAGUGGCAAUAUUGUCCACUAUUAUCGUCAGUAAUUUUCCAUCCAAGUUGAUAGACAACAAUACUUUUUUUCACUUCUUCCACACUCACUUGACAGAAUUCAAAAUUAUAAUGCUUGUCUUUCAUAAUUUGAUCACUUAUACUUGGAUGUGUAGUGUCAGUGUUUGUUGCUGGCAUGUCAUGCCUAAGUUUGCUAAUCUUGCCAAUGAAAAAAUCAUUAAAGUAAUUGGCAAUAUCAGUGGGUUUUAUGAUGAAUGAGCCAUCUGAUUCAAUGAAUGAUGGAGCUGAGUUUGCCUUUUUGCCCAAAGUUUCAUUUAAGAUGCUCCAAAGCUUUUUACUAUCAUUCUUUGUCAUUUAUCUUUGUUUCAUAGUGUAGUUUCUUCUUCUUUUUAUUCAGUUUAGUCACAUGAUUUCUCAAUUUGCAGUACGUUUGCCAAUCGGUUGUGCAGCCAGACUUAUUUGCCAUUCCUUUUGCCUCAUCCCUCUCAACCAUACCAUUUUUAAAUUCCUCAUCAAUCCAUGGGGGUUUGACAGUUUUUACAGUCAUUUUCUUAAUGGGUGCAUGCUUAUUAGUAACUGGAAUAAGGAAUUUCAUAAAUGUGUCAAGGGCAGCAUCUGGUUGCUCCUCAUUACACACCACAGACCAAGAAAUAUUAUUUACAUCAACAACAUAGGAUCACUACAAAACGUAUUGUAUGACCUCUUAUACACUUUAUUAGGCCCAGCCUUUGGAACGUUGGUUUUCCUAGAAAGGCUACUAUAUUGUGAUCACUACAUCCGAUGGAUUUGGAUACAGCUUUAAAGCAAAUUUCUGCAGCAUUAGUAAAUAUGUGAUCAAUACAUGUUGAUGAUUUCAUUCCUGUGCUGUUUGUAACUACCCUGGUAGGUUGACAGAUAACCUGAACCAGGUUGCAGGCACUAGUUACAGUUUGAAGCUUUAUCUUUAGUGGGCAGCCAGAUGAAAGCCAGUCAAUAUUUAAAUCACCCAGAAAAUAUACCUCUGUGUUGAUAUCACAUACAUUAUCAAGCAUUUCACACGUUAUCCAGAUACUGACUGUUAGCACUUGGUGGUCUAUAGCAGCUUCCCACUAGAAUGGGCUUUAGGUGAGGCAAAUGAACCUGUAACCAUAUUACUUCAACAGUAUUUAACAUGAGAUCCUCUCUAAGCUUUACAGGAAUGUGGUUCUGAAUAUAAACGGCAACACCUCAACCUUUGGCAUGUAGAUGUUAUGAACAUGUAUCAUCAAAGGUAUUAUCUAAGUGAGUUUCAGAGAUUGUCAGAAUAUUUUGUAAUUAUUUUUUAGUUUUACCUUUAUUUAACUAGGCAAGUCAGUUAAGAACAAAUGCUUAUUUACAAUAUUGGCCUACACCGGCCAACGAUGGGCCAAUUGUGCGCCGCCCUAUGGGACUCCCAAUCACGGCCGGUUGUGAUACAGCCUGGAAUCGAACCAGGGGGUCUGUAGUGACACCUCAAGCACUGAGAUGCAGUGCCUUAGACCGCUCCGCCACUCGGAAGCCCAAUAUGAAUGUCAGUUACUAGAAAAGUAUUGAUUUCAUGAACCUUGUUUCUUAAGCUACAUAUGUUAAUGUCGGCUAUUUUUAGCACUUUUCUGGGAUGCUCGAUUGUUUUCAUUGCUUUACUGGGAAGCUUAGCAGAAGUAGACAUGCUCAUAUUGUUAAUGUUAGUGCAGGGUGAGCUGCACACAGUGGACUUCCUACUAGGGCACACCGCCUCAGUGCUAACAGUAUACAUCUGGUUCAUAGGCACAUGAUUACUGCAUACAAUAGCUGUAGGACCAGCAGAGGCAUUCAGGGUAGUUAGAGGGACAUACAGUGGCUUGCGAAAGUAUUCACCCCCCUUGGCAUUUUUCUUAUUUUGUUGCCUUACAACCUGGAAUUAAAAUUGAUUUUUUGGGGGUUUGUAUCAUUUGAUUUACACAACAUGCCUACCACUUUGAAGAUGCAAAAUAUUUGUUAUUGUGAAACAAACAAGAAACAAGACAAAAAAACAGAACUUGAGUGUGCAUAACUAUUCACCACCCCAAAGUCAAUAGUUUGUAGAGCCACCUUUUGCAGCAAUUACAGCUGCAAGUAUCUUGGGGUAUGUCUCUAUAAGCUUGGCACAUCUAGCUCCUGGGAUUUUUGCCCAUUCUUCAAGGCAAAACUGCUCCAGCUCCUUCAAGUUGGAUGGGUUCCACUGGUGUACAGCAAUCUUUAAGUCAUACCACAGAUUCUCAAUUGGAUUGAGGUCUGAGCUUUGACUAGGCCAUUCCAAGAUAUUUAAAUGUUUCCCCUUAAACCACUCAAGUGUUGCUUUAGCAGUAUGCUUAGGGUCAUUGUCCUGCUGGAAGGUGAACCUCCGUCCCAGUCUCAAAUCUCUGGAAGACUGAAACAGGUUUCCCUCAAGAAUUUCCCUGUAUUUAGCGCCAUCCAUCAUUCCUUCAAUUCUGACCAGUUUCCCAGUCACUGCCGAUUAAAAACAUCCCCACAGCAUGAUGCUGCCACCACCAUGCUUCACUGUGGGGAUGGUGUUCUCGGGGUGAUGAGAGGUGUUGGGUUUGCGCCAGACAUAGCGUUUUCCUUGAUGGCCAAAAAGCUCAAUUUUAGUCUCAUUUGACCAGAGUACCUUCUUCCAUAUGUUUGGGGAGUCUCCCACAUGCCUUUUGGUGAACACCAAACGUGUUUGCUUAUUUUUUUCUUUAAGCAAUGGCUUUUUUCUGGCCACUCUUCCGUAAAGCCCAGCUCUGUGGAGUGUAUGGCUUAAAGUGGUCCUAUGAACAGAUACUCCAAUCUCCGCUGUGGAGCUUUUCAGCUCCUUCAGGGUUAUCUUUGGUCUCUUUGUUGCCUCUCUGAUUAAUGCCCUCCUUGCCUGGUCCGUGAGUUUUGGUGGGCGGCCCUCUCUUGGCAGGUUUGUUGUGGUGCCAUAUUCUUUCAAUUUUUUAAUAAUGGAUUUAAUGGUGCUCCGUGGGAUGUUCAAAGUUUCUGAUAUUUUUUUAUAACCCAACCCUGAUCUGUACUUCUCCACAACUUUGUCCCUGACCUGUUUGGAGUGCUCCUUGGUCUUCAUGGUGCCGCUUGCUUGGUGGUGCCCCUUGUUUAGUGGUGUUGCAGACUCUGGGGCCUUUCAGAACAGGUGUAUAUAUACUGAGAUAAUGUGAAUUUUACUUAAAGUAUAAUUUCAACAAUAAAUAAAAUAAUCACAUUUUAAAGAGGAUUCGUAAAAAAAAUGCAGGGGUUUUUACAAAAAUAUUUAUGUCAAAUCAUCUUCCAUAUUCACAUGCUUAAUGUUUCCUUAUGCCAUAGCAUAAAGACAAGCUACAUGGGCUCUGGAAAAAGUACAUAGAACUAUACAGAAGGUAGAAUAGUUGAGUAAACAUCCUGAAACAGAGGAUAUAGUUUAUAGCUCAAAUGUUGAGUAAACCGCCUAAACUGGUUUCACAUUAGGAUGAACUUUCCAACUUGUGAUGCUGCUACAAAGGAAUUGCCAAAGUUAUCUUGCUAGAUCUUCUGUGUUUUAAGCCUACAUUAUCACAUUAUCUUGUGCACUUUUAUGGCAGCAGUAUUGUAUUGACAUUUAAUGCGUUUGUUGACACUGCUUAUUUUAAAUCCUGCUAGAACAUUUCCUCCUACACACUUUUAAUAACACACUGGCCGAAACUAAUGAAGACAGAUCAUGAUUACAACACUGCAAUAUCGCAAACAAAAUGAUGUCAAAUCAACAGUAGUGUAAAUACUGUAUAAUAUUUUUCCAGGCUAGCACUCACAGGUAAACCUGGACUUAAAGUUAGUGAGCAAGGUCCACUGAGAUAAGAGAGACCACAACUGACGUAGACUUGGUUUAGGUUACAGAGAAGGGAGGUAUCCGUUUACUGCCCAACAGUACAGCGCUCCAGGCAGCCGUUGAUCAGGAAGACCGGGCAGGACUGAACUACAGGAGUUGCGAAUAUAUUUGAGAGGAAAAUGGAGAAGAAAGGCACACAUGGCUUUGGCUUUUUCACAUUGCUCUGCUUGAUAACUGCUCAACAUGCUGGGGCGAACAUGGUAUUUACGACCGCUAUCGUUCAAACGCGUUACUUUAACACAAGUGACAACCAAACCGUGUUACAGAGCUGUGAUUGUGGAUUAUAUGGGCUCCACUCUUCUGUCACCUCGGCUUCCGGAGAGGUGACUCUUCCUAUUUCGGAUCCCUUAGCCUGUGGUCCCCAGACUGGCUUUAACAGCUCAGAGCCGUGGAUAGCCCUUAUUCAGAGGGGGAACUGCACCUUCGCUGAGAAGAUCAAGACUGCUGCUGACAGUGGAGCCAAUGGUGUGGUUAUUUACAACCUUCCUGGUACAGGCGACGAGGUAACCCCCAUGGUACACCAUGGUGAGUGA